AUGGUUGUGCUCCGGCAGGUGAGUGUGGCCGUCAUGGCCGCUGCGGCCGCUCUAGGAGCCGCUGUCUUUAUGGCCAUUAAUAUCUUUUACAAGAGGCGAGUGUGGACACCAGAAGACUAUUACGUGUUUAAAGAGGAGGAGGUGGAGCGCAGGCAGAAGCAGGUGCUCGUGCUCGGUUUAAAUGGAGCCGGGAAGAGCAGCGUUCUUCAAGCGUUGAGUGGAGCAACUAGAAACGGAAGCUGUGCACCCACACGUGGCUUCAACUUUGUUCGUCUCAACACACCCACCUGCGAAUUUGACUUUCUAGAAAUUGGAGGUGGCGAAGACUUGCGAGUGUAUUGGGCUGAUUUCCUAAGGAAAACAAACAUCUUGUUGUAUGUAGUGGAUACGUCAGAUAGAAGUCAACUCCUUCUGGCUAAAGAUGAACUCCACAGACUGCUGAGACUUGACACUCAACUUCCAGUCAUUAUAUUAGGAAACAAACAGGACAAGUUCAAUGCUGUGAGUGAGUCUGAACUGCGUCAUGCUCUCUCUCUGGACUCAGUGGCAGAUCAGAGUAAGCUCUUCACUCUUCAGAUCAGCUCUGCAAGUGCAGAGUCCUGCAGUCUCCAGAAUCUACAGGAUCUGCUGGUCAAAUUGGUGUGAGGUCUUGGUACAUGCAUGAUCUGAUCUGUAAAGAUUUAGAAAUGGAAUGUGGCAUCCAUAAAAAUGUCUUUUAGGAAAACCUCAUCAUAGGUAUUGGCAUUUGGUACUACUACAACUUUCUUUGAGCCUUUCAUACAGACGGUCUAGGUCACAUGGUAUAUGUUUUGUUCUACUACUGCUGAACUUAUUUUGUUUCUCAUUCAGGCAUGCUGCAUGAGUACCUCAUGUUUACUUUAGAAUACUACCCAAGCAUGUGGGUAUGUGUUUGUGCUUGUGAGAAAAUAAGUUCUCUUUUUUACUGUGUAAAAGUCUCAAGUUACAAGUGAUUGUUUACAGUUUUGUGGCAAUACUACUGACUAGAGAUGGACCGAUCGUGGUUUUUGGCACCGAUUCCGAUCUCCUUUCAGGGACAUCGGCCGAUAGCCGAUUCCGAUCGGGGGGGGGGGGGGAUUAGCAGUAAAUAAACUUAAAAAGAGCCUCACAGUAAAGAUAAACCGGAGCAGCGCGCGCGCGUUUGUGCCUUUAGAAGAGGCGCAGUUACAGAGACGCAGAGUUCACAGUAUCGCUAUAAGUGAUCCAUUGAUUCAUGAGUUGAUUCGUUUUUAUGUGAAGCGUAAGUUUCUCUUCUCAGUUAUCUCUCCGUGUUUACUGUUAUUAAUUAAAUGUCGUGGUUUUAAAUAAACACCAGCUACUACAGAACAUUUUGUGUGACUCUCUUACAUUAAAAAGCUUAAUUAAAAAGCUUAA